CACGACUCGAGCUUGCUUCAAGCGGCACGUCCCUUUCAUGCUGUCAAGGUGCAAUCGCUGAAGUCGUGAUGGUGCCUGCUGCAUUGAGUUGCUGCAGGGGAGGACCACACCGUCCUGCGGCUGUUCGUCACACCCGGAAAGAUUGACGAUGUGUCGCAGUUCAUUGUAUCGCUACCACCGUAAUCCGUAUGCAGCAUUGAAUAAGGAGAUGUCUCGAGGUUGACAAUAGGCGGACGCGCAGACGUCGAAUUAUGUAAGGGGAAAAGAGGCUCCGGUCCGGUAUCAUUGGCAAGAGCACCUCGGCGGUCUCAAACGCGUCUCCCAGCGUUUCGAGGUCUGGCAACGUCGACAUGACGGCUGGCGAUGGUCUUGUAGAAGGCCUCUCGCACAUCACCACCGAGCUGCUCCGCAGAGAGCUACAACGCCGACAAGAUGAAGUUGAGAAGCCCGAAUGCGGGUCGAAGGGCGGAAAGAAGCACUACAACACAGGCAUCCAUGUCUUCGCUCUAAUUCUUAUUCUUGCCUUGAGCACGGCAGCUUGCUCCUUCCCCAUCGUCGUCAAGCGAUUCCCUGCAAUCCCAGUGCCCUCGCGCUUCCUCUUCCUCUCGAGACACUUCGGCACUGGCGUGCUCAUUGCGACAGCCUUCGUCCAUCUUCUUCCUACCGCCUUUGAAUCGCUCACUGACCCAUGUCUUCCGCACUUUUGGAAUCGCGGCUACCCGGCCAUGCCGGGGCUCAUAGCCAUGACCGCCGUCUUUGUGGUUGUUGGCAUUGAAAUGUUCUUUGCCUCGAAAGGCGCUGGACAUUCACAUGCAGUCGACUAUGACACCCUUGGUCACGACGAUCACCUCGCGCACGCUCGGCCGAACCACAAGAGAAGUCACAGCUUUGGACGAUACAGUGCUGGCGCCAACGGCAACGUACCAGGCAUCGUGCUGCACGAUGUCGAGUCGUCUGAACGUUCGGGCCUAAUGGCAGGACGAUCACCAGCCCUCUCACUUGUGUCUCCCACCACACCGACUGCGCCCAACGGUCAUGCUGCGAGGCAAAGCAUUGACAGUGAUGAUGACUCGGACCUCGAAAUCAGCCCUGAAGAGCUCGCCAGACAACAAGAGGAGGAAGAUCUGGAAGAUGAAUCUCAGCUGUUGUCAAACCCCCACGCACACAAGCGGACCCACGAUCCUCGUAAUUCUUCGCCAGAGACACCUGAGAAGACGGAAGCACAAAACAAGAAGCUGCUAUUACAGUGUCUGCUUCUUGAAGCAGGCAUUCUGUUUCACAGCGUCUUCAUUGGCAUGGCUUUGUCUGUAGCAACUGGGACUUCCUUCAUCGUGCUGCUAGUGGCCAUCUCGUUCCACCAGACUUUUGAAGGCUUUGCACUUGGAUCACGAAUCAGUGCAAUUCGCUUUCCUGUUGGCUCUCCCAAGCCAUGGCUCAUGGCACUUGCGUACGGGACCACCACACCUGUUGGACAAGCAAUCGGUCUUGCCAUUCACACACUCUACGACCCGUUUAGCCAAACUGGCUUGCUAAUGGUAGGCUUCAUGAACGCCAUCUCGAGCGGGCUGUUGUUGUUCGCUGGCCUUGUAGAGCUUCUUGCCGAGGAUUUCUUGAGCGACGAAAGCUACAUCACUCUGCAAGGCAAGCGACGGCUGCAAGCUUGCGGUAGUGUUGUAGCCGGAGCACUACUUAUGGCAUUAGUUGGCGCUUGGGCAUAGAUUCUGUUUGCUUCCAUAUAUCAACUACAUUCGAGGUCCCGCGGCUACUCCUAUGCACAUCACCCAACUGAUCUUAAUCGCACAAGUGUAUCUAUAUCGUGCCUUCACCCACAAGCAU